GACCCAGUUGAGCAAGGACUGGAACUGCUUUUGGGGAAUAGGAAAGACAACUGAAAACAAAAAGCCUACCUGAACCUCUUCCAAAAAAUCACUGAAAGAAAGCAGUAAAAUAUAUGGGAAAAUAUGACAACACACCGAAAUGACACCCUCUCCACUGAAGCUUCAGACUUCCUCUUGAAUUGUUUUGUCAGAUCCCCCAGCUGGCAGCACUGGCUGUCCCUGCCCCUCAGCCUUCUUUUCCUCUUGGCCGUAGGGGCCAACACCACCCUCCUGAUGACCAUCUGGCUGGAGGCCUCUCUGCACCAGCCCCUGUACUACCUGCUUAGCCUCCUCUCCCUGCUGGACAUCGUGCUCUGCCUCACUGUCAUCCCCAAAGUCCUGACCAUCUUCUGGUUUGACCUCAGGCCCAUCAGCUUCCCUGCCUGCUUCCUCCAGAUGUACAUCAUGAAUUGUUUCCUAGCCAUGGAGUCUUGCACAUUCAUGGUCAUGGCCUAUGAUCGUUAUGUGGCCAUCUGCCACCCACUGAGAUAACCAUCAAUCAUCACUGAUCACUUUGUAGUCAAGGCUGCCAUGUUUAUUUUGACCAGAAAUGUGCUUAUGACUCUGCCCAUCCCCAUCCUUUCAGCACAACUCCGUUAUUGUGGAAGAAAUGUCAUUGAGAACUGCAUCUGUGCCAAUAUGUCUGUUUCCAGACUCUCCUGCGAUGAUGUCACCAUCAAUCACCUUUACCAAUUUGCUGGAGGCUGGACUCUGCUAGGAUCUGACCUCAUCCUUAUCUUCCUCUCCUACACCUUCAUUCUGCGAGCUGUGCUGAGACUCAAGGCAGAGGGUGCUGUGGCAAAGGCCCUAAGCACAUGUGGCUCCCACUUCAUGCUUAUCCUCUUCUUCAGCACCAUCCUUCUGGUUUUUGUCCUCACACAUGUGGCUAAGAAGAAAGUCUCCCCUGAUGUGCCAGUCUUGCUCAAUGUUCUCCACCAUGUCAUUCCUGCAGCCCUUAACCCCAUCGUUUACGGGGUGAGAACCCAAGAAAUUAAGCAGGGAAUGCAGAGGUUGUUGAAGAAAAGGUGCUAACAAGGACAACUGGAUCUCUGAAUAUCUAAAAUAAGAUAAUUUAUUAAUCACUUAAUGAGUGAGUGGGCUGAAAUUCAUAUCUGUGACUUAUAACCUCAA